CGCUAUUAUUUACCCUCGGUUCCUCUCAUAGGUCUUCACUUCUGCAGCCGAAGCUUUGAUUUCUUCUAAUCUUGGCUUUGAUGUUCCUUCCUGUAUUCCUUCCUACCUUGUUCACUGCCACUGCUGUUCUGCCGAGAAGCAAUCCACCAGCUGCUUGUCUAUCCAGCGUAAAUUUCCCUUCAUUUGGGAGGUGCUGAUUCAACCAUGUUUACCACAAGAUUUUUUGGGAGAACUCUCUUUGCUGCAGUUAAAUCUGAAACUUCUGCAGCGGCAGCAGCUACUGGGUAUGCUCGUAACCCUCUUGAGGAGUUCUUCCAGGCAGAUAGGAGCCAGGAUAAACCUGUUGGCUAUGGUCGAAGUUGGAAAGCUUCUGAACUGCGCCUGAAGUCUUGGGAUGAUCUUCAUAAGCUGUGGUAUGUUUUAUUAAAGGAGAAAAACAUGCUGAUGACUCAACGCCAGAUGCUUCAUUCCCAGAACCUAAAAUUCUCAAAUCCAGAACGUUUGCCCAAGGUGAGGAAGUCAAUGUGUCGAAUCAAGCAAGUACUUAAUGAGAGAGCGAUUGAGGAGCCAGAUGCCAGGAGGUCUGCUGAGAUGAGGAGGAUGAUAAAUGGUCUGUGAUGACCUCCAAAUUGCCGUAUGUCUCUGAAGGCGCUUUAUUAUGUUGGUAUGUGGAAAAUUGAGGUCUUCUCAUGGUGGUUAGAACAUGGCUAUUCAUUUUAUUUUUCAUCAUAACCAUUGAACAUGAAAUGGAUGGUCGCAGUUUUAAAAGAUUCAAAAUUUAGGAAAGUAAUGACAUCUAUGUGAAUCCGACUGCCUGAAUGAACAAACAUGAGCCAUCAUAUUUAAACCAAUUUGAGUAGAUUCAGAUCCGUCCUCUGGAUUGUGAUGGCGCUGCAUUUCCCUGGGUGUAAGUCUACAUUUUCCUGGUAAUUGCCUAGUAGCUUUACA